AUGAGUAGACAAGACUUAAUCAGCCUUCUAAAUGAUUAUACCACCAAAGUGCAGUUGAGAAGAAACCGAAAAACCGAGGCACUUGAAUACUGGGAGCGAUUUGUAACUGACAUCAUAAAUUCUGUAAAGAGAAGCGACAAACGCUUCGCGAAUUUGCACAUUUUUCACACUGGAAGCUAUUACGAUGGCUCAAAAGUUCGGAAGCCGGAUGAGUUUGAUAUGAUGUUGGUGAUGGACAACUUACAACUCGACGGUGAACCUUAUGGAGAAGACGAAGAUGAUGGUAUGAGCGAGCCGCCAACAGGUGCGAGGUUGCAAUUUUCUAUUUUCGCUUUUUCUUAAGCUAGGAAAUUACCUUGUAAUAUGAGCUACACAGAAAAAUUUCUCCCUGUUUAUAUAACCGGCAAAAGGACAAAAAAAUGUGUCUACAGACAUUUUGUCACGAAAGAUUAAUAUCAAACAUUUCGCUAUUAAGUUUGCGGAACGACUCGAAAGCGACACUACUCGAAGGCAUGACGUAGUUAUCGUUUCAGUCAGGUCCUGUUUUAGUGCAAAUGAAUACCUUGUUUUUAAAAAUUUUCAUGUCAGUCGUUGUAAACGAACAGACGGUCUUCACAAAUAUUACUACUCAUGCAAGAACAGAUGAGAAUUCCAAAUUAAAUUUAAAAGAGAGGCUUUCCUAAACCUUCCCAACAUUUCUCUCAUUUCCUUAUUUCAGUAGCUAGUACUGAGUCUAUUGGUGAGAAACGUAUUCGCCACUCUGACCCCACCUCCUCCCUUUCCAGCUGCCCAAUCUACCUUCACUUACAAAGAGGAAGCCACAGUUAGAUGCCAGUGGUCUCAUAACUGAGUUAGAACAACUGAAAAUCUGGAUAGUAUGGAUAGACUGGCCCUAAUAAACACACCACACAAAACUCAGCUAAACCAGACUCGCCGAAAGGCGAAGUCACUGGGCUGCCCAAAAACCUAGACUACGUCAAAAUCAAAUCUACCGCCACCAGACAGAGUAGAAGUAGUAGUAGUAGUAGUAACAACAACAAUAAUAAUGAUAAUAAUGAUGAUGAUAAUAAUAAUAAUAAUAAUAAUAAUAAUAAUAAUAAUAAUAAUAAUAAAAGAGGAAGAAGGAAGAGGAGGGGGAGGAGGAGGAGGAGGAAAUUGAUAAGUUUGCCACCCAGGUGCAGAUCAUUGGAGGUGGCGGGGGAGGACUGAGGAUCUUUGUCACAACAAGAGGUCUCCCCCCAGUGGAAUCGAAGUGGACCUUGUAGGUCUGAUCUCAUCAAUUCCUGUGUAAAUAUAUUUUAGGAAGUUGCACCACCUCCUGAGCAUUUGCCAUGGUACAUUAAGAUUUAGAUCCUGCACAUAAAAAAAUAGGCCAAUAAAAUUAUCCCCCAGUUCUAACAGGGCAUCAGUUUUGUGUUUUAGCUUUUACUUUCCAAUAAUAAUUAUACAUAUUGUAUGUACAAUCAAGGAUGUCUGGUGUCAACGCGAGAUUUGACUUGACGUUUUAAUUACUACUUAGUUUCGUACCGCCGCCGGCAUGUACGGCACUCCUCAGAUAAAAUUGCAUUAAGAUGUUAUAACAUACGCUAAGACUACAAACGCGCCCGCAGAUCGUCCUAGAUAAGUCGGGAAGAGGAAGGAACCUCUGCCGACAUCCUCGACAAUUCAUAUUGAGCAUGCUCCAAAUUCAAAUUUUUCGGCGACGUCAAUCAAACCGUUACCAUAGCAUCCACUGCGUUUGUCAGCAAAUGUAAAUGUUAGCGGGAACGUACCGGUUCGUUUUCACCCUUCCGUAGCUGUGUUUCCUCUAGAUUGGGAAGCUCCGGUAGGAACAAUUUCACUUUUGGAAUAUAAACUUGCCAUGUUUCAGUGUAAAGAGGUUAAAAAAUGCUUAAAGCUAUGGUAAAACUUACGGUGCUUUUCAAAAACAAAGCAACUAACCUUGAAGCAAAGAAACACACAAAACAGAUCGAAAUCCACCAAUCACAAAUCACAAACUACGACCUUUUGUUUCCUAAGAGGUUCGCCAAGAUGUAAAGGCGAGAAAGGGGAGAAAGCGCCGCUUCUUCAGAUUUUGAUUGACGUCGUAGGAAAACACAAAAUCCAAAGACGUUUUUGGCAUCGCAGGUCGGGUGUUAUCCACAAACAGCUGUAAAAGCAUCGAUCAUUUACAUGCAAGAUGGAUUCUGUAGCCUCAUGAUCUUAUUUUGAAUUAAUGCUAUGGCAAACACAAAAGAAUAAGCAUAUAUAUUGUUUCUUAAAUAUAUUUUUAUUCAAAACCCAAUUGUUUAUCCUUUGAAGAACUUCGCGUAACACUUACCGGAUUGUGGAUCCGUUCACGCAAGUAAAAUCGGCUAAGUAAGUGGUUAAAUCCAAAACAAAAUCCAUCUCGAAUCUGGGUGCAUUUUUCAAUUUUUGUAAAACUGAACGUUCAAUCUACAGGGGCACCCAACGGCAGUUUUCGGGAAAAUAUCUGUUCGGAAGACGAUUUGAGAUCUAGAAUUUUCGGAGCAUUUGUUGUAAAAUUUCUUGCUUGCCUGCCUCUCCUAGGAUUUUCGAACAUCUACAAAAUGGUAUAAUUACUCAUUUUUAAGGGAUUUUUGCCCUAAAAAAGGCCACCUAGAAUUUUCGGGAGCCUUUUCCUGGCUGAAAUUUUCGAGAAGGCAAGUUUUUAUCCCUAUAAUUUUCGGAUCACUAGAUUUUCAGCUGGGAAAUCCGAACAGAUGAAAAGUUUUUAGGGGAUAAAAAUAUGCCUAUAUCUACCGUUUGAGUACUAAAAUACGUCCAACAAGUUAAGUGGUUUUGAACUAUAUCCUCGUUGGGUGCCCCUGAAUCUAUAAUUUUCUCAAAAUUCCUGCAUGAAAUUGAAGAGGCAGCUACUUGUCUUGUCAUGGAGCGUGGGCGCAGAAAGAGUCAGCGAAACUCCAGAAUAUGCGUGCGUGCACAGACAAAACUGGUUUAUCCAGUAUAAAACUUGUCUCUGACUCAUCCAAAAAGCUGGAUGAUCGGCAGAUCAAACGAUUUAGAUGUCGGCAGAGUCGCUUCCUCUUUCCCGACUUAUCUAGGAAGAUCGAAGGAGACUCUGUUCGCAGGGUAGUGCCAGAUGGGCUUACUGAGUUCUGUACUGAGUCUCUUGUUUGGGUCUCUGAAAGAAGACUUAUGGUUCCAGUAUCUCAACAAAGUUCUCAGUAAGGCCUACAUAGGUCUCGGCUGGCCCGUUGUCCUCCGUUGCUACUGUGGCUCGGUAGAUCACGGCUGAUUUUAAGCAAUUGCCUCCAGAGGGCAAUAAGGUGGUUGACGGCAGUUGCAAGCUUUAGGUGGUACGGCGUUUGUUUUCCGUAGAGUGGAUUUGUUGUAGCCAUCAAUUUUUUUAGAUUCGGCAUGCAGCUGUAACUGAUCUUUACUGUGUUCCGGUUGAAGAUUUGAUGCAGGGUUGUACCCGCCGUCAGCGAGAGCUUUCUGAUAAAGAGGCGCCGCUUUGCUAAAGGAAUCUUCAUCUAUAGAGAUUUCGGACAGCCUUUUGCUAAUGGACUUUGGGAUGUUUUUGAUGAUGCGGGGUGGAUGGUUAGAUUUCUUGUUGAUGUAGAAUGGAAUGUUUCGUGGUUUGUUGUAUGGCAAGUCCAGGUUGAGUGUGACGUCAAGAAAGUUUACUACUUUCUUAUCGGCCUCGAUAUGUAAUCUUCAGACCGUACUUUCGGCCUGCCGAGGUGACGCCUUGGUUACGCCUAGACCGUCAUCUCUGUACAAGCCAAAGUUACAUGCGUUACCGAACCUUUCCUUGAUGUUGUGGAGGAGGUAAGUGCCGACGAGUUCGCAUGAUUCGGCACCAUCGUAACUGCCCAUGGUCACAUCGAAGAGGUUUGAUGACGUUCUCUUGCUCCAUGGCUCACCGGAGUUGUAGAGAAGAGAACUUUUUGCCUGAAGGAUAUACCGUUUGUAGUCUUAGCGUAUGUUAUAACGAAAUUUUUGUUGGCAAUUUUAUCUGAGGGGUGCCGUACAUGCCGUGCGGUACGAAACUAAGUAGUAAUUAAAAUGUCAAGUCAAAUCUCACGUUGACACCAGACAUCCUUGAUUGCACUACGCUCUAGUCCUUCUAUUGAGCACCCUGCCGAUAGGCGUGCAUAUGCAUCAACUGUUAUAUUGUAUGUACAUAUUUAUAAUAAUAAUAACGACAAUAAUACGUAAUAAUAAUAAUAAUAAUAAUAAUAAUAAUAAAAUAAUAAUAAUAAUUGUACAAAAAGGGAUUUCAGUGUCACCUUUGUGUCAUAAGUUAAUGAAUAUUUUGUUCUGUUAAUGCACAGGAUUUACUACAGUAAUGAUUGACCAGGGUGAAGAAUUGCAGUGGAAGCAAGACAGUUGUGUUAAUGCACGGGGAAUGUUAAAUGCCCAAAGGGUCAAGGAAGUUUUUGCACGGCUCAUCAGAAAUGCUAUUGGCACCCUCGCACAGCGAUAUAGAAGCAGGUAUGAGCAUGUAAAUAUACCAGUAUGUGACAAAUGGCUCCAGACAUAAUGGGGAAAAAUCCUUAAUAGUUGCAAGUCUGUUUCAUUUCUAAGGAACAAUAUUAGUAACUACAGUCAUAAUUUAAUAUCAUUGGUUUAAAUAGUUAGCCCAGCCCAUCUCUACCCUAAAAUGGUCUAUCCCUAAGACAAAGACUUGUUUAACCAAAGUGAAUAAUUACAAAUUCUAAUUUGUUUUGAGCACAUAGAAAGCACAACUGGAGCAACAAAACUCAUAACAGAAACUCCGUUUCUGAAAGAGUAAUAUUAUAAUAUACUAUAAUAUCAUAGGUGACGAAUUACUCCUUAAUUUUGGCGCGAAAUUUCAGCGUUAAUUUGUAAUUUCACAUGUGAAAUUACAAAAUUGCCAUGGCAACCUUCCGUACGUCUCAGUGUCAAGAUGGCGAGGAAGUUUUAAAAUGUCGUGAAUGAAGAUGUCAGGGCGGCAAAAGACGCUUUAGAAAACCUGAACACACAAGAGAACAUCAAGAAGGAUUCUAACAGGUAUUUUGCCGAAAUAGUCUGAAAAAGUCUGAACUUUAUAAGCCAAAUUUAAGGUCUAAACAUUUGAGAGAGUGGAGUUCUCAAUCGAUACGAUCCAGGAUAAACAUGUCAAAAAUCCAAGAUUGCUAACGUAAUUCGUCACCCAUGAUAUUAAUAGGUAAUCAAAUGGUGACGAGUGAAAUUAGGGAAUAAUUUCACGCGCGUUUUGUCCAAAUCCUUAUAAUGCCCCUCGCCUUAUAAUAAUUAACAAAAUUUGAUUAUUUAAUGUCUGUUAUUGACCUUAUAACUACUGUUAGUUAUUACUAUUAUUACAAGUGAUACCGGUAAAAGUAAAUUAUAAUUAUUUUACACUAUAUAAAGUUUCACUUUUAAACCCUAAAAUAAUUUCAUUAAAAAGGGUUAGCAUUUUCGUCCUUCUUCGGUGCCGCAUAUUUAUACCACGAAGGCACAGUUCGAGGUUGUCCGCUAUAGUGAGAAGUUGAGUCCAUUUGCUUUUAUUGUAUUCACAUUCAUGGUAAGUACAGUGUGAUAAUUGGGGAUAACAGGCUCCAUGGUCAUCACAGGGCUAUCUUUGUAGUACUAGGAUAUCCAUAAUUUAUGCCUUGGGGAUGAAAAUUGAUUGAACUUUUUUUUUAGUGAUAUAGAAAUCAUGUCAAAGAGAAAGUAAAAUCUACUAUUAAAACUGAUUCUUAAGUCGUGACACAAGCCGAUUAAUACUCUUUCAGUCUUGGUUCAUGCAAAGCUGUUUGAUGAAUUUAUAAACUAUUGAUCGUGCGGAUACCGGCUGAACCUCUCCGCUCGUACCAAGGUGUCUUGUCAUAGGUUGGAGGAAACAUUAACACAACAUUGUUUAUCAUUUUUUCCAUUGUUUUAACGUUAGGGUAGCAAACCAUUUGGCUUUUAGGGUUAGAAGAGCUGCUACAUGACCUCUCUCCUGGAAAGAAGAAAAACAAUAUGGCCACCAAAUAGAUCCUUUUAGAUUUUAAAGUUCUCCUUUAUAACAAACGUCGAACUUUUAUUUCGGCAAACAAACAGUUUAGUUGAAAAAGGAUUCUACAAAAAUGACAAGUUGGUCUCCUUUUUGAUUUUAACUUGCAAUAUCGGUCAAUUUAUGCAACUUUUAAACUUCCGCCCCAGUUGUCGUUUGCUUCUGCUUUGAAAUGGAAUUAUUAUUACUCAGAGGCAAUACAGAGUUAAGAUUUGUAGAGAAAAACAACAAAAACUUGCCAAUUAAUGAUGAAAAAUGUACUUUCAAAACGAAAUAAAUUAUUCAAAACGCUCUGGUCACGUGAUUGAUAACAUCAUGUCCUUUUGGUCAUGAAAAGCAUUAUCAGGUAGACCAUUACUUUCCUGCAAAUUUUCACUGCCGUGCGAUGAAACGUCGACUCUCUAUAGCCCUCAGCCUAGUCUCCCAACAUUUUCCCUCAUGUUCAUUGCCUUUAAAUUUUAAAUGCCGGACGUCAACUGGUUAUUUCUAAAUGCCCCACAAAACCAAAACCUCAAAUAUGCUAUUUGUUUUUAAAUCGAUAUUGAAAUAUUGUCACAGCAACAAAAAAACCUAAUUCAGCAAUUUAGUCACGUGACGGAUGACAUAAUAACCCUAGAUGUUUACGUAUAAAAUUGUCAAAGUUAUAAAGCUUCUUUAAAAAAUUGCUGCAAACUUUAAGGAUUCUGGGAUAUUUUUUAUGAUAUUUAUAAUUUGCUCUUAUCUUUAGACAUGUUGAAGUCAAGACACACGGUCCUGCAGUAACCCUCGAAUUAACUAACAGCAAUAAUGGAAAAAGUUAUUCUAUCGACUUAGUGAUUGCCAUCAAAGAUAAAUCCUGGCCUGAGGAUGCAGAAGAAUGGAGAAAAAGAAGGCGCCAAGGUGAGGCAACCUGUUGACCACAUAGCAGCUAGUAAUGUCUGGGAUACUGUUCUGAUAAUAUUGAUAUGGGAACAGAAGCCACCAGGAACAUUGGCUUUCCUUGUCUUUACUGCCGAAGUAUGCCUUUGACAUUAGAGAGUUUUAGAUCCGAGUUUACCGCGAACCUCUAACCGCUGGAGGUCACGUGACAAGUCUUUCGCGUCACGUUUGAGGUUUACGACGUGCGUUUUCAACGUGGGGAGAUAGGUUUUCACGUAUGUCAUUUACCUGAAAGCUUUUAGCGUAUAAUUCUUGUUUUAUCCCACGUAGUGAUACAAAAAUCUUGUGGAGCAAGUCUUUAUCCAUUAACAGAGGCACAAAUUCGGACGAAAUGCUAAAUUUGAUAAAUCCCUUUGGAUCUUGAAAACAAGUGCCAUUCAUGGCUGCUGAUUCAAAAUGGCGGCCGUAAAAUUGCAAGACGAACUAAUAUAAGAAUUUACAGCUCUUUGCUGCUAGAUAACCCACUGUUACCGUAAAUUUCUUUUAUUUUCACUGAUCGAUUUUUCUUCUAUUUCUAAAUGGAAAAAUAAACCAGAAUCCACUUCUUUAAUCCACCGCCAAUCUAAAUCGAAUUAUGUUUGAACGUCGAACCGCGAACGGGUAACCGCAAACCGCGGUUAGAGGUUCGCGGGAAACUCGGAUCUAAAACUCUCUAUUAACUUGUGGUCAACUUCAAAGGUCAGUGAAGACCUCUACGAUGGCUCCUGUGGCCUAAGGGCCAUGUUCUCACGUUUCAUAUAUAGCAAGCUGUACCUGAGGAUUAGUACAGUUAGGCAGUAUGACAACCAGGCUUUGGGAACAAUUCUGGUACAGUGAAACAUCAAAGUAAAACAAUAGACCUUUUUACCGAUACAGCAGCCAUAUUGAAUUAAUUCGAUUUAAGGAGUAUUAUAGGAUGCCCAGGGGGCAUGAGCACAUUUCGUUUGUAUUUUUGAGCGUUUGUAUUUUUUUUGUUUGUAUUUUUGAGCGCUUUUCUUAAAGUUUUCUUAGAAUAACAUUGUAAUGGGAGAGAAGAUCCUUGUGCCGUGUUUGGAUGUAAUAAUGAUCGCCUUUUUCUAGUUUAGUAUUAAAAAUAUGGUCUUUCACCGUAUAUUUCUCGGGAAAAAGGCGAUCAUUAUCUCAUCCAAACACGGCACAGGGACCUUUUUCCUCAUUAAAAUCUUAUUCUAAGAAAACUUUAAGAACAAAUGUUCUGAAAAGCGCUCGAAAAUACAAACGAAAUGUGCUCAUGCCCCCUGGGCAUCCUAUAAUACUCCUUAAAUCGAAUUUAAUUCAAUAUGGCCGCCGUAUCGGUAAAAAGGUCUAUUACUGAUCAAGACAAUGUAGUUGGCUGUAUGAGCUAAAUAUAAUGAUUGUAGACAUCUUUGUAUAACUACCUUUAGGCAGCUUCUUACCUUCUUGUACUUAUCAAUAUUAUUUUUUUUUACUUUUUAGGUUGGCCACAACCACAGCUUAUACAGGAGAUCUGUAGGGAUGGUUGCUACCUAGUUGCAAGGCAGCCCAAAGAAGGGAGGAUUCCAGAACGUGAAAAGCACUUUCUGUGGAUAUUUUCUUUUGCAGCAGCAGAAAAGAAGUUGUUGCGUGAGGGCAGUCGUGGUGAGGCAAACUGUUGUCGAAAGCCAGUUUUGCGAAUAUUAAAGGCUCUGAAAGAUGAGCUUAACUGGCACCCUCUUAAGUCUUACCACCUCAAAACCAUACUUUUUCAUGCAUCUGAGGACAACCCCUGGCAAUGGAGCUCUGAUCACAUAGGUGAUCGAUUCAUUGACCUUCUUCAGAGGCUGGAAAAAUGUUUAAGGGAGGUUAAUUGUCCUCAUUAUUUUAUAAAAGAUUUAAACUUGUUUGAGCAGUUUCCUCGCCAGAGAUGUGCUGAAUUGGCUGAAAGUGUAAAAAGGAUAAGAAUGAAUCCUGAACGUGUCUUGAGAAAGUAACAGGUAAGAGAUCUGACACUAAAGAUGGGACAGGUUGUGGUGUCAAAAUACCCUUCAAAUGACGACUACACGUCGUGUAAUUUGCACAUAAAUAAUUCUGUGAUAGAUCUGCUGGUAAACAUUUUUGAUCACCACAUUUUACACUUAAACAUAUGUGCACUCUCUUGUAGCUGUAACACUCCACUGUUAUGUCAUGAAUGGCUUUUAAUUUACAGCAGGAAAUGUUAUUGUAAAAUAAUAUUAAAUUCAAAUGACUCAGCGUGCAAAGAAAGAAGUGUCAGACAAGCAAUAGCCCAGGGCUGCUGGAUUUUUCUAUCGGGCUAGUGAAUUUUUUUCUCAACUUGCCUGAUGGACAGGUGAAGUUUUUUGAGGAAUUCAAAUCACAGAAGAACUGUGUAAUCAAUCCCGUGCAUCAAAACGUUUUUGGGGCUAGUUAUGCUACCUACAGUUGCUUGAAUGGCAAGCUGUAAAACUGUUUUUCUUUGCACCCUGAAUGACUACAUGUAUAAUAAUUGCACGGUGUGUAUUUCACAAGUUAAGGUUUAAGGUUAACAGUUAAGAGUGAAGAUUUUCAAUGGAACCCUGGCCAUUUCUGCACAUGAAGGAAGACAAUCAAAAUUAUUGUAGA